UGUUACACAACCAGCCCUUUUUAAUGCAACAAAAGCCCCUUCGCUACAGGAUUGUUUGUUCUGCUUUCAUUGAAGAAGCACAUUAAACGGAGAGAUACAUUUUCCACAAUGGCAAAACACAACAUUAGCCUUGUGAUUGCCAUUGUGCUGGCACUGCUUUUCUUCAUCAUCACUAUGGUGUUCACUGCUCUGGCAGGGCCGGGAAUAUAUCCAUUUAUGGAGACCACCAGUAAUAUUUCAGAUGAGUUUGUAACCCAGAUCACCCCAGCAGGAUGGACCUUUACCAUUUGGUCGAUCAUUUACAUCUUUCUGGCUUCAGUGUUGGUCUACGUCCUCUCCGGCAUCUUUAGGAAGAAUGCAUAUGGUUAUGUCUACUGCAGCCCGGCUAUUUUGCCACAUGGAUUUUUUGUGGCUUGGUGCUUGAAUCUGAGCUUGAAUACUGCAUGGUUGUUCCUGUGGGACAGAAAGUUGAUGCCUGCUGCACUGGCUUUCCUCAUCCUAAUUGCCUUGACUAACUACGUCAUGAUAUUCUUCUCCUGCCAUGGUCUCCACAGCUAUGGCGCCUGGCUCAACAAGUACCACAAAGUAGACCUGUGGCUUCACCAUGUGUUGGUUCAGAAUGGUGUUGCCAUAUAUGCAACAUGGACAACCAUUGCAUCCCUAAUUAACCUGACCAUCGUGCUGACUUAUGAUGCAAACAUGUCCCCGACGGACGCUGCCACCGCCUCACUCUCUGUUUUGACUGUCGUGUUGUUUGUGUGGUUUUUCCUAGAAAACUUUGUCCUCGACAAACACGUGAGGUACAUUCUCACCAUUUACCCCACUGUGAUCUGGGCAGUGACGGGGGCAUUCACGAAAAACAAUGCUGCAGAGCCUACUUGCAAUAAUAUCUUCACUACUGUGCUGUUGGCAGUAGCCUGUGCUACUUUUGCUGGACGGGUAUUUUUGGUCAUCUAUAAGCACAUCAAAAAGCCAUUUUACGUUGAUCUCAGCCCAGAGAGCAUGUCCCCGAUGGAGAUCGCUGAGAAGCAGAAAAAGAUAUUUAAGUAACAAUGUUGAAUGACUAUUUGUUAUGAUAAACCUUUCUGUAUCGAUGCAGUAUGACAUGUAUUUCUAAAUGCUUUGUACUGUAUAUAUUGUAAUUUAUGACUUUUGUGCCUGGGAGACACUGCUGCCAUACGAUGAAGCUUCUUAUAAUAAAUGUGAUAUUAAAUGAUAUGAUGCUGAAGUCCAAUUUAAGUUGUUUCACUGGAAAAUACAUUAAAGCUCUCUGAGUUGUAAUAACAUGCUAAAUUCAUUAUUUCUUUC